AUGCUCAAUGGAUCUGUAUCCGUGAGGCCAGCCACUCAUGCCGGUAGCUGGUACUCUGACGACGCCCAGGAACUGGAAUCGAUGUUAGACAAAUGGUUAGAGGACGUCAAAGAGCGAUAUGAGUCGACACGAGCCAUCAUCUCGCCGCAUGCCGGAUAUGUGUACUGUGGGAGCUGUGCUGCAUACGGGUUCAAGCAGAUUGAUCCAACUACCACGGACAGAGUGUUCGUUCUCGGACCAUCGCAUCACGUGUCAUUCAAUGGCUGCGCAUUGAGCAGCUAUGACAUGUGCGGCACGCCGUUGUACGACCUAGUCGUCGAUCAGAAGGGUACUUCUACCAUUGACGUGUCUUUUGCCGCCCCCUGUCUAAAGCCAUGUGCAGUUAAUAGGGAGCUGAUGAAAAGCGGCCAGUUUCAACUGAUGCAUUCGUCAACGGAUGACGCCGAGCACAGCAUCGAAAUGCAGCUACCCUUUCUGGCGAAAAUGAUGCGCAGUCGUUCAACUUCCUUCAGCGUCAUUCCGGUGUUGGUUGGGAGCUUGACUCGUUCCAAGACAAUUGAAUAUGGCAAGAUCUUCGCUCAUUACCUGGCUGAACCAAGAACCGUGUUUAUAAUAUCUUCGGAUUUUUGUCACUGGGGAAGCCGUUUUCGAUACACCGUUUGGGACCGAACCUUGCCUAUUUAUUCUAGCAUCGAAGACCUGGACCGAUGCGGCAUGAAAGCUAUUGAAACACUCGAUCCUGCAGUAUUCGACGAAUAUCUGACGCGAACGGGAAACUCGAUUUGCGGCCGGAAUCCGAUUUCAAUACUUUUACAGACGGUCGCCCAUUUUCGUCAGAUGUCGAAGCAGCGCGUUGUUUGUAGGUUUUUGAAUUAUGCUCAGUCGAAUCGAUGUGAGACGAUGCAGGAUUCGUCCGUGAGCUAUGCCGCUGGAGCACUUACGAUCGACUGA